UAAGACUCUAUGUUUCUGUUCAAUAAGAGAUAAAGUAUGGGUCGAGUGCUUGUGAACAGGGCGCAAGUGUGUUUUACAUUCCCGAGAUAGAAGCCGAUGCCAGAAAGUUAACGUUUCCCGACUCAAAUUCUUCACGUCACUUGACCGACCAUCAACAAAACAGUCGCUGGAAAUCUGAGGGAGAAAAGAUGACGGAAGAGAAGCCUGUUGUGGCUUUCUUGGGUCCUAAGGCGAGUUAUACGCAUCAGGCCACCAUCGACAACUUCCCCUCCGCUGCCUACGACCUCUCCCCCCAAAUAACUAUCGAAGAUGUCUUCAACGCCGUCCAAAACUCCACUGCAUACCGUGGCGUCGUUCCCUUCGAAAACUCCACCAACGGCUCCGUAGUCUUCACCCUAGACCUCUUCGCAGACUUAAACAGCAAGUACCCUGAUAUUCUCGUCUGCGGAGAAGCGUACGUUAAGGUGAAGCAUUGUCUUUUGGGAAAUCAGGGGAAAUUUGGGGGAGGGCCGAGCACGCCGGCAAUAAUCGAAUCCCCCCUCUCCUCUGGUGCCGUAACUCCCACCAUCCUAAACCCCCUCCCCACCAAGCCCUCUGCCCGCCCCAUCGGCGAUCUCCGGGGAAUCAAGAGACUGUAUUCCCACCCCCAGGCCUGGGGACAGUGUAAGUCGUUCUUGAAUACAUAUUUAAAGGGUGUAGAGCGGCUGGAUGUGAGUUCGACGUCGAGAGCAGCGGAGAUUGUGGCGGGCGAUGGGAGUGGGGAGAGUGCGGCAAUUAGUAGUGGGAUCGCGGCUAGGAUUCAUGGGUUGGGGAUUUUGGCAAGGGGGAUCGAGGAUAGGGGUGAUAAUGAGACAAGGUUUUUUGUUAUUGGGAGGGCCACCACCGCCGCCAAUGGGAUAUCAGAACACCCUGAUACAACGAUAAAUACCGCUACGCAAAAUUACAAAUCUCUUAUCUCCUUUACCGUGGACCACAACAACCCGGGCGCUCUCGCACAUUCUCUCUCGGUUUUCGAAAAAUACGGUCUUAAUCUCACAUCUAUAAACACACGACCCAGUGGCACCGAGAACUGGAAUUAUAUUUUCUUUGUUGAGAUCAAGGGACGGCGGCUAGAGGAUGGAGAGGGGGAAGGAGCUGUGAAUCAGGCGUUGGGGGAUUUAAAGGACGUUUGUAGGGGAUUUAGGUGGUUGGGGAGUUGGGAGAAUAGGCUUGGGCGGGAGAGGUAGAGAAUGGGGAGAUAGGCGGAGAUGAUGGGCU